AUGAGCUUCAGGACAUUCAAGACUCAUGUCUCCACGGUCGCCCAAAAAGCGGCCAGUGGCGCCAUCCCCGGUGUGCUCUCCGUGGCAAACGGCGAUUCCGACGGCGAGAUCGUCAUUAUAUACCACCACGAAAGUCUAGCGGGGGAUGUACGCAUCCAGGCCCUAGCCCAGGAUGUCAGCGAAUAUCCCGACGGAAAUAUGUUCAUGCUCUGGACCAAUGACCCCGAACCGCCACCGCCCGUUGUCGCCGCUAUUCAGGAGACGCAGGAGUACCUCAUCGGCAUGUCGGUCUACGAGAUGGUAACUGAGCUGGGGAGUCGACUCGACAAGGAGGUCUGCCGCGCCCUGGACGGCGGACUUGAGAGCGCGAAUGAAGCCGACGAAGAGAGUGAUGCCGACGACUACGAUGCUGAGUUUGACGCAGACUACCCCUCCGACGGAGACGAAUUCGGCUUGCCAUCACUGGAUCCGCGACCCUCUCGGCAGAGCCUACAACCGGUAGAAGGCCAGAGGUUGCUACUUCAGCGCAUCAGGCGGGACCUCCGACAGGUAAAGAACGCAGGCUACAAAGUGGGCUUCCUCGAUAGCUUCGGUAAGGGCUCCGCCACCGGCCAUGUCGCCAUCUCCAUCCGAGUCGACAAGCUGGCCCUGCCCGACCAAGUGUUGGAGGCGUGGGAUGUCGAGCCCACAGAAUACGUCGUCCUCAUCCUGCGCUUUGAAAACCCUUACAGUCCGUUGGACAAGGUCAUAGACCAGGCCGCCGCCCACACGCAGGUGGCAUUCCGCAUUGGAAAGUGCAAAACAUACAAGCCGUCGCUCCGACAAGCCCUCCGGUCUUUCUCCGAGCCCAACCGUUAUCUGGCCACCGAUAACUACUUCGAUACGAGCGAUACAGAGCGGGAGGAUGAUGGCGCCGCAUUUGAGAAACUCCUCGUCUCCAACUCGUUGGACUCGUUCUUGGGCGAGCGCUUCGUCUCGCUCUUGAAGAUUCGUCAGGCUCACGGCGUCCACUGGGAAAGUGCGAAUGAGUUUUUGCUGUCGAGGAUUGGGCUCGUCGCGGAUGAGUGCCGGCCCCCAGCCCCGGAUCCAUCUCUUGGGGGCGGCUCCAGCAACACACCUAGAGCCCCCGAACACCACCACCAUGUCCUCGGCUCGGACCAUCUUCUAGAGGGUAACCCCGAAGGCAAUCGCAGCCUCCCGCUGAUAGCAAUGCAGUUCGCUAUGCGGUACUUUGUGAAAUGCACCGAGUACUGCCUGCGGUGUCACCGUCGACUCGAGAAGGGCUUCGAGGCCCUGCGUCCGUAUGUCUGCUCUGACCCGCUGUGCUUGUUCCAGUACAUGGCCAUGGGAUUCGGUCCUUCUAUAGAGCAUGAGGUUCUUACAGAGCCUUAUGUCGUCGAUCUACUUGUUAGCCUUUGCUACGCGGCCAUUCAACCAACCGCCCCGCGUCCAAACAACAAGCUCAGUAUCCGCACUCUCCCGGUUGGGUUGCGCCUCAGGGUCCCGGAUCUGGACAACGCCACGGCCAUACCCUUCAAGGCGAAGGUGGGGCCAAAUAACGAGUACCUCGUCUUUGAGGACAUAGGAGCCAACGAAUUUGGCGGUCGUCUGGCACCGACCGAGUGGCUCGCCUUUCGGAAGCCCGGCCAGAGCAUUGCCCGGCACGCACGCGUGCGAGAGGUGAAUAGCGCCACCAAAACAGCCGUCGUCGACGUAAUGGGCGAGUCCUUCGCCUGCGGGGGCGUAGUGCCAACACAGACCGGCGCUUCCUGGGCUCGACCACAAUCGCCCUCGACCCAGUCGGAAGCUGACAUUGCCGAUGUUUACCUCUACGACACCGACUUUGACUCCUUAGAGGACGUUAGCAAGGUCAGCGCUAUGCGCCACGUUCUCGAUACUCUCCCCUCCAUCCUCGACCUUGAGGAGUGGCUAGCGAGCCAUCCACACAGUACCCUCCGGUCCCUAGAGCGCAUAUCCCCGGCCGCCGCAUCGCUCCUUCAAUGGAUCGUAUCAUCGAACCGAUCUUGCAUUCUCCAAGUCGACCGCUCCCGGGCUGUUGCUCGGCCACGCCAGGGAGUAUCGGGCACUCAAACCCCAGGCACGGAUCCUCUGGAUGACCCUGGAGCAGCUGGCAGGGGCAGGAACCGGGAACACGAGCGCAUCUUGGGGAUGAAAGGAUGGGUCCAGUUCCGUUUCGCCCAGGGCUCGCCAGACAAGGAAUUACGGUUCAACAGGGCACUCCAAGAGGUUGCUGAAUGCGAACACAUCAAGCAAAACCCAACCCUAUUCGCCUGGCACGGGAGCAACCUCGCCAACUGGCACAGCAUCGUGCGGACCGGUCUCGACUUCCAAGACAUCAAUUCGGGGCGCGCCUACGGGAAUGGUGUCUACUUUAGCCCGUCUCUCGACACAAGCAUGUCCUAUUCGAGAGGGGGGCAAUCAUGGCCGAAUUCAGACCUCAAUAUCAACACCUGUCUGAGUUUGAACGAGAUCAUCAAUGAGCCGACGAAAUUCGUCUCCCAGACGCCGCAUUAUGUGGUUUCUCAACUGGACUGGCACCAGUGCCGUUAUUUGUUUGUCCGGACUGUUUCCGGGAGGGCCGAGCCGCCAGCGCCAUUCGGGGCGGGAACGGGUCCUACGUUACCAGUAGUAGACCAAACAGACGAUGACCGACAGUUCUACCCGCAAGCCGAAGGACGCGAGGUCCGGGGCCAGGACAACCGGGUUUUACAGAUACCCCUCACUGCCAUCCCCCUCCGGACCGUUGGCCCAUCAGCCGUUGCGCAGGUUGGUACUCCCAAGCGGGAAGUGCAGCUGCUCGAGGACAGCGAUGAUGACGACGUCGAGGACCUGGUCUAUCUGUGCUCGGACGACGAACUCGACGAACCCAGCGGCCCGCCGAGUAAAAAGCCGGCAUCGCGCGCCUCGAGCAUAGACAUCGCAGCCGCUCACAGCAGCGGCAGCGACGGACCCCCGACCCCAACCAGCAUCAACAUCGACCGGACCCUCACCGACUUCGACCCGGGCGCCCUCGACCUCUCCACCCUGUCCCGCCUCCAACCACCCUCCUUCGCCACCGACGCCGGCACCAAAUCCCUCAGCCGCGAGCUGAUGCGCAUGCAGGCCGCCCAGUCCAGCACCCCGCUCCACGAGCUCGGCUGGUACAUGGACUUCGACAGCGUCAGCAACCUGUUCCAAUGGAUCGUGCAGCUGCACAGCUUCGACCCCACCCUACCGCUCGCACAAGACCUCAAGCAGGCCGGCCUGACCUCGGUCGUGCUCGAGCUGCGCUUCGGCGCCGAGUUCCCCUUCUCGCCGCCCUUCGUGCGCGUCGUGCGCCCGCGCUUCCUGCCCUUCCUCGAGGGCGGCGGCGGGCACGUCACCGCGGGGGGCGCCAUGUGCAUGGAGCUGCUGACCGCCUCGGGGUGGUCCCCUGCGAACAGUCUUGAGAGUGUGUUGCUGCAGGUGCGCAUGGCGCUGGCGAAUUUGGAGCCACGGCCUGCGAGGCUCGACCCGAGGUUUUUGAGGAGGGGGGCGGUGGAGAAGAAGCGUGCGGGGGAAGAGGUGUCUGUGUCUGUGGGGGGGGAUUAUGGGGUCGCGGAGGCGGUGGAUGCGUUUGUGAGGGCGGCGAAUGCCCAUGGCUGGGCUGUGCCUGAGGGGUUGAGGGCUACGGCUAUGGGGGUUUGA